UAAAGAUCAUUGAUGGAACAACUGAAAGAAUAGCGUUGCAAAAAACGGGGAGGGUUUUGUAUGGUCAAAGGAGGAGGGUCUUGUACGUACAGCCAAGUAAACAAAGCACAUGCAAGAUUCUCUGUUCUGACUGGCAUCAAAUCUGCACUGAAGAAGUAAGCUUCAACCACAACAUUAAAUCUUGGAGCUGGCACAGUUGGUCUAUUCUUGAUAGAAUCAUGAAGAUGACAUCUCAGAGACAUGCCCGUUAUCUCUCAAAUGAUCUGGACGACGAUGUUACCCUGGUUUUCCGUAAGCCUAGUUGGCAGCUCAGAGCCUGCCUUGCCUCUGUGUUGAUCACCCCUGUCCUCUACCAACUCUACUUCAUUAUGGUCACCAUCAGAUACAUACUCUUCUUACAAACUUUUUCCUCACCCCCACGUCCUGCUUGCCCUGUGGUUGACUUGAGUUGGACCGGAGUGUUUCCUUGUGAGCUGGGAUGGAGGGGGAGUGCACUGGCCGUUCUCAUUCUGUCAGCUGUGUUUAUCACCUGCUACUCACUCAUCACUGCCUGCUUGGUGAGAUGGAACCCUCGGAAACAAUGGAACUCAACCACAUCAGUUUUUGAUACUCAAGAAAAGCCGAUCAAGUUCCAAGUGAGAGCUCAGAGCACUAAUCGGCCCCCCACUCUCAGUCUGUAUAUACUGUUACUGAUAUUCCGCUUACUGUUACAGUCAGGAGAUGUUGAAGCAAACCCUGGACCAACGCUUGGCUCAAUUCUGACUCUCGGUGAUUUGAAUUUUGUUUACAAGAACUUGAUAAAAGCUGCUGGAGACUGGUUAGACCUGGGACUUGAUCUGGGAUUAGAUCCUGGCACCCUCAAAGAUAUAAAAGAUGAGUGUCACAGGAACAAGGACUGCUUACGUGAAAUGAUAUCUGCUCGCUUGAAGACUGGCCCUCUCACCUAUUCUGACAUAUGUCAAAGUCUCAGAGCACCAACAGUUGCACGGAAUGAUGUCGCUGAGGCUAUAGAGGAGGCAUGUACAGCAGAUGACGAUACUUCACCUGCGCCAUCUAAGAAGAAAUUGUCCACAACGACUCCUGGACCAACCAAAUCCAAGUCAGAUAAUCGUUCUACCAUCCAACCAGAUGAAGCAAUAGGAAUUUAUCGAUCAUACUUAACUAGUAUUUACGAUACAAGAGCUCUCCCUGCUGAUGACAAAUAUCCUCUCCAGUGUGUUAAGCAUUUUGUUAAUCUAGAAUGUGCAGAUGUAAGUAAACAUUUAUCAAGAAAGGAAAUUGAAGAAUCCUGGUCAGAAAUAGUUAAAGGCGAGCUGGAUGGAUUUCCUAGAAAGUCAAUCACAAUGGACCAGAUAGCUUCCAAAGUAGAGGGCAAAUUCUCUAAACUGGUUGUCAUUAAAGGGGCUCCUGGAGGAGGUAAGACGACUUUGUCAUGGGAACUUUGCAAACGAUGGGCUAAUGGUAAAGUUUGGACAGAUUACUCCCUCGUUGUAUUGCUCCGACUUCGAGAUGAGAAUGUUCAGAAAGCUGUAGAAUUAGUUGAUCUAUUUCAAUGUGAAGAUACUGAUUAUUCCAAAAAUAUUUAUGCUAUUAUCCGAAAAAAUCAUGGGCAGGGCAUACUUUUCAUUUUGGAAGGACUGGAUGAGUUGCCACCAUCUCUUAGAGAAAAUGACUCUAUAUUUAAGAAACUAAUAGACGGAUGUCUUCUGCCAGCUAGUACCGUGCUUGUUACCACUAGGCCCUGGGCUGUAUGCGAUCUACCUGUUACUUGUAGCUCAAGAGUUGAUCAGUUCAUUGAAAUCUUAGGUUUUUCUUCCAAACAAAUUCAAGAGUACAUUGAUCUAAUGAUCAAAGAUGGGGCUCCACCAGAACUACGUGAAUACAUUAACUCUAAUCCAUGUAUCUCUAGUGCAAUGUAUAACCCUCUUCAUGCCAGAAUUGUAGUUGAAGUGUACAGAGAAAACCAUGAGAAUAGCAAUAGCAUAAUCCCCAACACAACAACUGAACUAUACACCGAAUACUCUCAAAUUUUGAUUAAAAGAUGUUUAGAGAAUGAUUGGAGUGGUGAGCUGAGUGAGUUACCUUCGUCACUUCAGGUACAUUUUGAUACACUCUGCCGAAUUGCGUACAAAGGAAUAACAAAAGAAAAACAACAAUUGGUUUUCUUCAAGGAAGAUAUUGUUGAUGCUAGCACUACACUCGGAUUCAUGAACAGUGUACAUCCUUUAUAUAAAUCCAUAAUGAAAAGAAACAGUUCUCCAUCUUACAAUUUCCUUCAUCUAACACUUCAAGAGUUCCUCGCUGCAUUUUAUGUCUGGAGAAAUAAAACCCCACUCGAGCAGUUUCUUUUGUUUGAAACAAAGGCCUAUGAUGGAUCACACGAGAUGAUUCUUUUGUUUUUAGCUGGAUUGACUAAACUGAAUGACCCAUGGACACAGUGUGUACUUCCAACUCCUUAUGUGUACUAUGAGAAAGGAUCGUCAAAAGCCGAGAGAAUGUGUGAAUUCUCAGAAGAUCAAAUUCUGUGGAUCUACGAAAGCCAAAAUGUGCAAGCCAUGAAAGACUUGUAUUGUAAUGUGCUGUAUGAACUACCACCGCUAGGUAAUUGGAGAAUUGAUCAGUUUGCACUUGAUGAGUUUGCACUUGGUUAUGUUGUAGCUUCUGCUCAUUUCAAAGUAACUCUAAUGGACAUGUUCAAGUUUAAUAAAAGUUAUGUGGAUAGAUCGAUGAUGUUAGCAGGAAUCAACAAAGUGUUGCCUUCUUUUACUCUAAGUGUAAGGCAUCUGACAAUGUCUACCACAUUCAAGAUUCCAUCUGCUUGGCAUACACUCACUGAUAGGAUACUACCAGAAUUAGAAAGUGUCAGUAUCAGUAAUCGAGAUAUUGAAGUAGAAUCAGAAGAUAGUGAUGACGAUGAAUUUGAUGGGCCUGAGGUUCCAUGUACAUUAAAAAUAUUUGACACUAUACAGCUAUCUCCAAACUUAAGUGUUGUAGAGCUAGAUUUUGGCAUCUCAAGAGACACUGUGAUACGAAUACUUGAUAUUUUGAAGCCAAAACAGUGCUUGAAAGUUUUGAAAUGUGCUCAAGUAUCGCCAGCUGAUGAAGAGUUGUUGUCUGACUUCAUUGCACAUUCUAGUAUUGAAAUGUUGGUGAUACAUUUGGUACAAGAUCCUUUUAGUAAAAAGUUACUCAUCACAGAUACUGAACAUUGGUGUAUUUCAAUUGGAUUGAACGUGACUGAGUUAAAAAGGAACAACUCGAAAAUCUUGCCACAUUUAACGUUUCCAACAGAAGAUGUGGUUUUUUCAGAGUCUACCACCAAAAACUUAAUUUCAAUAUUAAACCACUGGAAACUAAGCUUACAAUAUCUGCGAUACUCCGAUGUUGAGGUGACUCCCGCACAAUCUGAGCAACUUUUUAGGACUCUAUUCAAUUGUCCUAUACUUGAAGAACUCUAUAUUAUCCGAAGUAAAAUAAAGGAAUAUUUCUAUACCCACCAACACUUGCAAUCACUAACUUUGGAUUAUCCUGCUAAUGUCUGUGAGGUUUUACGUUCUCUCAAAGACAAUCGAUUACAUUCCAUUAAAAGCCUUGAACUAAUUAAAUGUUACUUUACCUGCGAUUUUGAUGAAGCUAUUGGUGAGUAUCUACAGACUAACACAUCUCUAGAAGAAUUGACACUGACUGAUAUUGAUUUUAGUUUCGAAAGUAGCAUGAGUCAUUUAGUAUUGGGACUGCAAGUUAACACAUGUCUAACUAAGCUAACUAUUUCACCUGGAAUGAUGUUGAGUUAUGAUGAACCGCUUAAUAUCGGAACGUUUUAUAGUUAUUUCGGAACGCUUGAACUGGCCCAAAUGUUUCAUACAACUCUACAAUUCAUUGAUCUUAUGUUUUAUAAGCAGUUGCCAGGGGGUCUACUACCCGCCUUGGAAGCAUUGAGAGAAAACAAUACAGUUAAACACCUGAAACUCCGUCUGUAUUUGCCACCAUUAACAGAUUUAACACUGUACACCGUUACCACUGAAGAGGCUGAAGCUGUGGGAAAUGUGUUAGCCAAGAACAAGACUCUAGAGGUGUUUCACCUCAAUGCUGAGAUCACCGACUACUCCCCAAUUGUCAGGGGGCUGUUGGAAAACAAAACCCUGAAAGAAUUCGGCACUUUUUGGAGGACAAUAGAGAACAUUGUCACAUGUCCCGAGUACGUUGAUGUCAGACGAAGAAUUGUGUUUAUGAAGCACCCUUUUUUAUGAUUAAUACGUACAUGACUCCUGUUUUAUGUUAUGGUCUAGUUUGUAUACUAAAUCUUAUAAGUCUUCCCAAUCGGUGGCUAUCUUUCUUAUACAUGUACAGUAUAUUUUUGUGUACCAUUGGGCAGAGAGUAUAAACUCUGUACAAUAAUUAUACACUCCAUAAUUAUUUAUGUCUCUAAUAGCAAUCGUUUUUGAUC